GCCCGUUGUCUUUUUCUUUUGCUUUUUUAACGAUCGGAAGUGAGAGGUGGCUUUUCUGGUCGCCAUGCCUCGCACCCCGCGGGCGCUCAGCCGCACGCCCAGACGAGACCGAAACGAGCGGGAGGAGGACAACAGCGACUUCCCGGCCACUCCCCCAGCCCCUCGCGUCGCCAGCCGGCGGCUCGCAGAGGAUCGGCCUUCCGAUUCCGAGCCGGCGCUGAAAGGCGCCAAGGCAGUGGCGCCUCCUCGCGACACGGUCUCAGGGCGGCUGCGGUGCUCCGGACAGGUGGCUUCGCUGGACACCUGUGACUCAGAGGAGGAGCAUUCCACCAGCGAUGCCUUCCAGGUGCGCCUGGCGCAGCUGCGGAGCCUGGGCCUGCGCUGUGAGCGGCUCCUGGAGCUUGGGUACCCCUUCAGCCAGGAGGUCCUGCCCCUGGUGCUGAGCGCGAGUCAGAAAGCUGCCGAGGAGGCGCCUUCGAAGCGCCAGCGGCGCUGAUCUGCUUUGAUGACGCCGGCAGGUUACUCUCUGGAGAUCCUGAGAUCAGCUGUGUCCUGAGCCUCUGGGGAACCAUCUUCCCAUCGUGCCCAACAAAGCCGUCGCAGAAGGCUCUUGUUUGGCUGAUGGGCUUGCGCGGCUUUUGGGGGAAGCCCGGCACGAUUCGGCGAAUGCGGCAAUGUCCACAGGCCAAUGCAUCCUACGGCCAG